AGAGAGAGAGAGAGAGAGAGAGAGAGUAGAGUAGAGAUGGGAAGGAGUCCAUGUUGCUCCAAGGAAGGACUGAACAGAGGAGCUUGGACUGCCAUAGAAGAUAAAAUACUCACUUCUUACAUUAAAGUCCAUGGAGAAGGCAAAUGGAGAAACCUCCCCAAAAGAGCUGGUUUGAAGAGAUGUGGGAAGAGUUGCAGACUGAGAUGGUUAAAUUAUCUAAGACCGGACAUCAAAAGAGGUAACAUAUCCCAUGAUGAAGAAGAGCUAAUAAUCAGACUUCAUAAGCUUCUUGGUAACAGAUGGUCUUUAAUAGCUGGAAGGCUACCUGGGCGAACAGACAAUGAAAUCAAGAACUAUUGGAACACUACUCUCGUUAAGAAAGCUAAACCUCCAUCAUGUCAACGAAAUCCCCAAACCAAAUCUCGACUGAAAAAGAAAGUCUGUGAGCCCAAAACUACCGAGCCAUCAGAUUCAUCACUCUCUCAACAAGCUGAUAAAAUCCAGGUCAUCCGAACUAAGGCCACUCGGUGCUCCAAAGCUUUGGUUUCGUUAUUACAUCGGCCGCAGAGUACUGAUCAAAUUGACACAUUACAGCUUCAACAUCACCAAAGUUACUUGACAGAUCAACCACAAAACUUUACUGAUCCCGAAGAAGUUGACCACGAUACCGAAGAUUUUCUCGAGAUGCAUAUUGCUCAUGACUCCAGUUUCUUCAAUUUUGGUUGCCACGAUGAUGCAAAGCUGGAGGCGGUAAGCUACACUGACAAUAAUAUGUGUAUGACGUCUCUGGAAACUGACCCAUCCGGACAAUUUGAUGAGCCGACAAUCAAGUGCUGGAACACGAACUUCUUGGAGGAUAACGCAACGAUGAACCUGGAAUCAUUGGCAUUCUUGCUUAAUCCUGAAGAAUGGCCUUGAAAAAGUAUAGAUAUUGAUAAGGAAAAAUUGGAAAAAAAAUUAUUAUAAAUCAAUAAGACAAUACAUGUAAGUGAGUCAGUAGUAGUAACAGUCAGUAGUACUAUUGUUUUUAAUGUGAAAAAAACUUGUAGCCAAUUACGUUGGAGUUCGUUUUUGGCGUUCUGAAUUUCAUGUGUUGGGGUCUCUU